CAAACCGUCAGAGUUGGAGAUGGGACGAAAGAAUUUGUCUGUCAGAGCAGGCAAAAAUGGAUAUGCGUUGGUUGUUGGACAACCUGGAGACAUAUAAUGGCCGCCCGGCCUGGAGACCAUCAUUAAUAAAGAGCCUAUAUGUAGAUGCCUCAACAACUAGUUGGUGUGCAAAAUUGGAUGGACAAACGGCAUUCGGAAAUUGGCCGGAAGUGCUAAGUUUUCGAGAGAUUUCAAAACUGGAAGCAGAAGCCCUUCUGCUUGGCCUUCGGAGUUUCACAAAUUUGUUGGAGGGUUUUUGGGCAGAAAACACUGGUGGCAAAAAGAAGCCUACAGAAACUUGUGGCAAGUUUGUUUGGAAAAGGAAUUUGGAUAUACGAGAUGAGGUGGAUUUCUUCGGUGCUAAACCUGGCAGAUUUUUGGACCCGGGUCUUCGACUCCUCAGAUUAGCAG